AAUCGGAGAGUAAAAGGGAUAGUAUUGUAGAAGUGCUCUCCGGGGAGGCCUAAGUCGGACUCGGUGUGGGAAAUAGUAUAGGGAUUAUGAAUGGAAUGGGGAGCAAUGACGGGUAAAUGGAAAGGUCGGAGACUGUAUGUUGGGGAUGAAAAGAGGUCAACCGGAGCGGAGUAUCGCACCCGCUUCUCCGAGGUUUGAAGAUCCGCCGGCAAGUGCCGUACUCGCGGUGUUUGACCGGAAUUUCUUCAUUCCCAGGGUAUCGGUGAAAUAAACCGCGUCGGAAAAUUUGAAGUUCAAUGUGUAUUGAUGUAUAUCCAGCCUGAGUCCAAGCUUAAAUUGCAAUUAGUCAAUUGUGACCCUCCGUUUCAAAAGUCAUAGCGGGUAUUGUGAAGACACGUGUCUGUAGGAAGCCUUAGGCAACAAGGUCAAAUGUGUGGCUACAGGGAUAACUAGUAGCUCAUCAGCCUCAUUGAUGUGGCUCAAGCAGGGUCGGAGCUCACUCAGCUUCACCUCCGUCAUCAUCAGUCUUCCUCUAAUCAUCAUCAUUCCUUCUUCCCUCUCAGGACUUUCGCUCUCCCAGGCUUUCUUUUCUUUUCACCCCUAUCACGCAUACGUCUGACUUUUGUCUCAUCUCACAUCCACUUAAUAACUAGUUCCCGUGUCUUCUGAUUCCGCCAUGCCUGCCACCACGGCGGACACCCUUUCCCUCGUCACGCGAACCGUCACGGUCGCCCCGUUAGUGCUCCUCUCAGUCGCAGAUCAUUAUGGUCGCUCGGCCAAGGGAACUCGCAAACGUGUGGUGGGAGUAUUGCUGGGGGAGAACUCGGGUCAAAAUGUUCGAGUAUCAAACAGCUUUGCGGUCCCCUUUGAGGAGGAUGAAAAAGAUCCCUCAGUGUGGUUCUUAGAUCAUAAUUUUGUCGAAUCGAUGAGAGACAUGUUCAAGAAGAUAAACGCUCGUGAAAAGCUCAUUGGAUGGUAUCACUCGGGCCCGAAGCUACGGGCCUCUGACCUAGAAAUUAAUGAGCUAUUCAAACGAUACACACCCAAUCCUCUGCUGGUGAUUGUCGAUGUCCAACCAAAGGAGGUCGGCGUGCCGACAGACGCCUACUUUGCCGUGGAUGAAAUCAAAGAUGAUGGCACCACCACUUCCAAGACCUUCGUUCAUACCCCAUCCAUAAUCGAAGCAGAAGAGGCGGAGGAGAUCGGUGUUGAGCAUCUUCUCCGAGACAUUAGGGACGUUGCUGUCGGUACCCUCUCCACUCGCAUAACGUCGCAGCUGCAGUCCCUGCAGGGCCUUCAUCUACGCCUGCGGGACAUUGGGCAGUAUCUGCAGAAAGUGCUUGACCAUGAGCUACCCGUCAAUCAUGCCAUACUAGGCAACCUUCAAGAUGUCUUCAACCUCCUUCCCAACCUAUCGACCCCACCAGUGACACCACGCCUCAGCGGGUCGGAACAGCAGUCAGAGAAUAGCGAGCUGGCACGUGCCAUGAGUAUAAAGACCAACGAUCAACUAAUGGCUAUCUACCUGAGCAGUUUGAUCCGCGCCAUCACUGCCUUUCAUGAUUUGAUCGAGAACAAGAUCCAGAAUCGACAACAGCAAGAAGAAAAUGAGCUGAAGAGGGAACAGGAAACCAAUGCCGCUAGGGGCGAAAAGGAGGCGAAGAAGGCGAACGGGGCCAUGAAUGGAGAGCAAAAGGAAGAGCUGGAUGGAUCCAAGGAAAAAUACAAGAAGAAGGGUCAAUAAAAUACUAGCCGGGCUAUUGAGUCAAUGUGAUACGAUUUAAAGCUACUUAGUCCGACAUCGAAAUGUAGAGGGCUGUAACGCUACUCUGAUCAGGCUUCAUCAAAUCGACUUUUAAGAAUCUGACUUGAGGCCUUGUGCCGGUUCCCAAUACUCAUGACACUGUUGAAAGCUGAGUUUCGGCACAAAACCCCCCGCGCCCCUUCUCUUUCACUCCCAAAUCAACGAGACCGAGACAAGAGAGUUAUUAGCAUAUGUAUUUACAUCUUGGGCUUUCAGUUCUUCGUUAUUUCAGACCCAGCCAUCAAAAGUGAGCUCGAGGUCGGUUUGUAUACGUAGACGGCUGAGCAGCAGGCCAGGUCCUCUCUGCACGAGAUCGACCUCAAAUUUUAUGCUGUCCA